AUGGAGCAACGCUGGAACCGAAGGCAGCACCGGAGCGGGUACGCGGACGAAAUGGAAGCAAGGUCGGCGUCUCCAGAGGAUGAUACUACGCUGGUCGCCCCGUCAAGCCGCCAGUGUGAGGAUGAAGUGACCGGGGGAAGCGAUGCAUCAUCUCCCGCUACCGAUCCGACGACGACAGCAAACAGCGGUUCUGAAGUGCCUUCCUUGCUGCUGAGAGGCUGGUGGCGUGAAAACUCCGAUGGCAGUUUUGAGCCCUUCGAGCAUUGGGAGAACCUUGAAACUCGGCCGAGAUCAGAUGUAUCAAGUGCGGCUGGCGAGGCACCCUACGGACCACAAUCGACGGCUACGUCGAUCUUGCAAGAUGGUCACGGCCAAAGCAUGAACUUCUCGGCUAGGAACUCGUCGUCGCAAGACUGGCCAGCUGAAGUACCUUCUCCACCAUCAAGUACGGGCGCCAACUACAUGGGCAGCGAGAGAAGUCGUUCAGAGGUCGACCCGGAUGACUGGAUGAAUGAUAACGCCGGCGAAGAAUUUCGCACUUUCCUCGCGUCGAAUGGAGAUGUGGACUUUCGGGUUUCAGAGGCGCCUGCGCGACAGAGAUUCGCCUGCGACCAGUGUCCAGAGUCAUUCGCCUGGGCGAAGCACCUCCGUCACCAUGUCGCGUUGCACCACGAUCCCGCGUCGUACCAAUGCAUCUUUUCGGAGUGUAUACAAACUUUUGUCGGUGGUGCCAGCUAUAACACGCACCUGCGAGCGGUUCAUGGGAUCGAUGCUGGGCUCCGGGGCCAAACCCAGCACUGA